AUGUAUAAUAGUUUUAGCGGUCAAAUCCCCUUAUCGAUUUCAAACCUUGCAAAGCAUACUCACUUGUUUCUUUCUAAUGACAAUUUGAACGGACAAUUACCAGAUUCCAUUGGCAACAUGAGCCAACUUGCUUUCUUGAACCUUUCUAGAAAUCAACUAAUAGGUCCCAUUCCUUUGUAUACAAUUGGGUUUUCUAGGUUAACUUACCUUGAUUUAAAAACUAACUCACUUAAUGGGAUAAUACCAUCUUGGUUAUUUACUCUACCUUCAUUGGUUUCUAAAGAAUUGAGAGACAAUAAGUUGCAAGGACAAAUUCCAGGAUCUGUUUAUGAACUCGUGAACCUGACACAAUUUCUAAACUCACUUAGAGUUCUUGAUCUGUCUAAUAUCAAUUUCAGUGGCAUUAUUCCACAUUGUUUGGGAAACUUCAGCAAUAGUCUCUCAGUGCUGAAUUUAGGGAUGAAUAGCUUUCAUGGAACCUUUACUGUAGCAUUUAAAAAAGGUAGCAUGCUAAGGAAUCUUAACUUGAAUGGCAACCAGAUUGAGGGACAAGUUCUACGAGCUUUGCUCAAUAGUGAACACUUGGAUGUUCUAGAUCUUGGAAUAAACAAGAUAAAUGAUACAUUCCCCCACUGGUUAGGAACUCUUCUGGAAUUGCAGUGGCCUUUUGCCAACGAAUUAUAUGAAAAAUUUGAAGCUAUGAUGAAUGUGGAUGAACAUGCAAUGAAAUUGAAAUACAUGGGUGAUAUCUAUUAUUAUGAUUAUGUGGUGGUGAUUAUGAAAGGACAUGAGAUUGAAUUUUCAAGAAUCUUAACCAUUUUGUCAAUCAUUGAUUUAUCGAGCAACAAAUUUAUAGGAGAGAUUCCGAAAUCCGUUGGGAGGCUUAAUUCACUUCGAUAUCUUAACUUAUCUCAUAACAACCAGAAAGACCACAUCCCAACUUCACUUGGAAAUUUGAAAAACCUUGAAUCAUUGGAUCUAUCCUCAAACAAGUUUACAAGUUUGAUGUUUCUUGAGAGAAUUCACAUUGAAAAUAAUGUCGUGUUUCUCCUUGUUGAAAUGUUGCCAAGUUUGCUUGUAGGGAGGUCAAACAUUCUUAAUUCAAUGGUGAUUAAGGGAUCACACUGGAGAUAUUGA